UAUUUAUAAAAUGUUUAUGUUAUUUUACAGAUCCGCUGAUGACACGUUGACAAACCAAAGAGUUGCUAUCAAAAAAAUUUCACCCUUUGAGCAUCAGACGUAUUGUCAACGAACGCUAAGGGAGAUAACCAUAUUAACCAGAUUUAAACACGAAAAUAUAAUUGAUAUACGUGACAUUCUGCGAGUAGAUAGCAUAGAACAAAUGAGGGAUGUAUAUAUUGUACAAUGCUUAAUGGAGACUGAUCUGUAUAAACUACUUAAAACACAGAGGCUGAGUAAUGAUCAUAUCUGUUACUUUCUGUAUCAGAUAUUGCGUGGCUUAAAGUAUAUCCAUUCGGCAAACGUUUUACAUCGAGAUCUUAAGCCGAGCAACCUUUUAUUAAACAAGACAUGCGAUCUAAAAAUUUGCGACUUUGGCUUGGCUCGCAUUGCUGAUCCAGACCACGACCAUACUGGGUUUCUUACAGAAUAUGUAGCAACUAGAUGGUAUCGGGCACCUGAAAUCAUGCUUAAUUCAAAAGGAUAUACAAAAUCCAUUGAUAUCUGGUCGGUUGGAUGCAUUUUGGCAGAAAUGUUAAGCAACCGACCUAUUUUUCCGGGAAAACAUUAUCUAGAUCAACUGAACCAUAUUCUUGGAGUCCUAGGUUCUCCAUCCCAGGAAGAUUUAGAAUGUAUUAUAAAUGAAAAGGCACGAAAUUAUUUAGAGUCUUUGCCUUUUAAACCAAAUGUGCCAUGGUCGAGGUUAUUUCCAAAUGCGGAUCCUUUGGCUUUGGAUUUACUUGGUAAAAUGUUGACGUUCAACCCACACAAGCGUAUUCCAGUAGAGGAAGCUCUUGCACAUCCAUAUUUAGAGCAGUAUUAUGAUCCUGGCGACGAGCCCGUUGCAGAAGUACCAUUUGGCAUUAAUAUGGAAAAUGAUGAUAUAUCGCGAGACGCUUUAAAAUCAUUAAUCUUUCAAGAAACGUUGAAAUUUAAAGAACGACAACCAGAACAGGCGCUAUAAAAACAAUUAUUAAAAAAUAAAAAUUAACAUUUUUAAA